AUCUCCCCGGAAAGUGCUUCUCUCACACUCUCUCCCUCUGUGCAACUGGAGCCUCCCGCCUGGCCGGUACUCGGAGGCUGCGCGGCGGCAGAGGGAGAAGCACGUGGAGCGCAGGAGGGAGGGCGGAGAAGGGAGCAGGAUGACAGAUGUUGACAUUAUGGACUCUGUGAACUGUCAGGAGCAGCCACAACCAGCAGAUCUCAGUGUCUCCUCUUCAAAGAGAGUCUCGGAAACAGACUUGCACGUUGGUGUAUACCAGCACUGUAAGGCGGAGGAUGGGUCACAGUCAGAGGGCAUGAAGCAGGUGGAUAUUCAAGGAGAGGACAGUAGUGAGGAUAUGGUAAAUGUAAAAAACGAAUCCACAGAGUCUGCAGCCGCUAAGCACCCAGAAGGGAUUGACGUGUCCUAUGAAUAUGGCUCAGAGUGUGUAGCCUACAACAACAUCCAUCUGGAGAGACAAACAUCAUAUGAUCUCACCAGACCCAGUCUGGGGAAACUGUAUUGUGACAUCUGUGGAUUGUCCUGCAACAGCCUCAAUGUUUUACUAGUGCACAAGAGAAGUCAUACAGGGGAACGUCCUUUCCAGUGCAAUCAAUGUGGAGCCUCAUUUACCCAGAAGGGGAACUUGCUCCGACAUGGCAAGCUGCAUACUGGCGAGAAACCAUUCAAAUGCCACUUGUGCAGCUAUGCCUGCCAAAGGAGAGAUGCCUUGUCUGGGCACCUCCGCACGCACUCUGUGGAGAAACCAUUCAAGUGUGAGUUCUGUGGACGUAGCUACAAGCAGCGCAGCUCAUUAGAGGAACACAAGGAGAGGUGUCGUGUUUAUUUGCAAAACAUAAGUGAAUCUGCUGUCAACGAGCCCAAGCAGAUGAAGCCAGAAAUGGGAAGUGAACGGGCCCUGGUGCUGGAUCGCUUAGCCAGCAAUGUGGCAAAAAGGAAAAGCUCCAUGCCACAAAAGUUCAUUGGAGAGAAGCGACAGUGCUUUGAAGUCCCAUACAAUAAUUUCUUGUAUGAUAAAGAUCAUGAUGCGAUGAACACAAGGAUGAUGGAACAGAGUAUAGGCAACCCUAUGGCCUACCUCAGUCCAGGGGUAUUACGUCCUAUAAUUCAUACUCCUCCAACUGCCACUGCUGAAAUGGUGUCUGUUAUAAGCAGCCUUUACCCGGUGUCACUCACACGUAUUGAUAUCUCUAAUGGCCACCUACCCACCCAGCCAGAUAAGGAAAAGAAACCAGCUCCAGAAAGUUGCCUGUCCCCAGGUGCCAAUGCUCUAGACUCUACUGAUACAGACAGUAGCCAUGAAGAGAGACCGUCUUAUCCAUCCAAUCUAAAUGGUGCCCCAAUGCGGACAAAUAGUGUACUUCAGCCCCCCCGGGAGCACCCUAGAGUGUGUGAUGUCCUUAGAUAUCCUGGGCUAUCACAACGUGACCUUCUGCAGCUGCUGAGCAAAGAUGGAUGCCCAUUAGGGGUCUACCGAUGUGACCACUGUUAUGUUCUUUUUCUGGAUUACGUCAUGUUUACCAUCCACAUGGGGUGUCAUGGAUUCCGAGACCCCUUUGAAUGCAACAUGUGUGGGCAUCGCAGCCAGGACCGCUAUGAGUUCUCAUCUCACAUUGCACGUGGCGAACACCGGCUUGGCAUGAAUUAGCGCAUAUACCAGAGAGAUACCUCCCUGACUUACUCUGCAAUUGCCUUCUUCUGUGUAGUACCAUUGUUUCUUCCACAAAUGGAAUGAAGCACAGCUAUUCCCCCAUAAAAGACUGCAAUUUGUAAGAUUUGUUCUUUUGUUCAUUCCUCUGAGGUUUACAUGCUCUGUUUGCAGGGAUAUUUUUGAACACAAGUAUUUAACAAGUACAGUAUUAUUUUAAACUUCCGUAAAACUGUCACUAGUAUGUUCCUAUUGCUCUUGAUGUCUGUGUUAGCAUUAGCCUCAGCAGUAGUACAAAGAAAAAUGACAAUGGCCCAGAUUUAUCAAGCCUUGGAGAGUGAUAAAGAGCACGGUGAUAAAGUACCAACCAAUCAGCUCCUAACUGUCAUUUUUCAAACACAGCCUGUGACAAGGCAGUUAAGAACUGAUUGGUUGGUACUUUAUCACCGUGCUAUUUAUCACUCUCCAAGGCUUGAUAAAUGGGGGGCCAUAGUGUGAAUAUCAGAGCCUGGAGUUAUUCUAGUCUGCCAUCAUAGACGUCUUUCUUGUACUAUACAAAGCUGCCAAAUGUAGCACUGAAAAUACUCCACUUUCCAGGACUUACUUCUCUCCUUUAUAUAUUUUAGGGUAGGCAAAUAAGUAUUGUCUGUGUAUUUUAUAUCUAUCAUCUUACCAAGUUGUUAUAAAACAAUGUUUUGUUGCUUCAAUAUAUGUAUAUUUCAUAAUGGGGUAAUACCCUGUAAAU